GUGGAGCUGUGUGAAAUUGAGAGUCGAUGUGAGGCUUUGAUAACUGCAAUUGUGACUUUUUUGUUUGGGUAUAAUAAUUUAGGUUGUGCCCAGGUACCUCCAGCUCCUACUCACGUUGUACAACCAUUGCUCCCCUACAGCGUUUCGAAUCAUAGCCCUUGGCGCGCGACAUUGACUCAGACGUCCUAUUAAUUUACUACGCUCCACUUGACUCGACACCCAACAUACAACAUGGCGGAAGCGGUGAAAGACGCCGUCAACACGGCUGUCGAGGGCGUCAAAAACCUGGCAGUCUCUGCAGAACAGAAGGCUCCCAAACCGAAGAAAGAGAAGAAGGCCAAGGGCGAUGGUGGAGAUGGUCGGCCUCUGAUGCUCGACCCUGCGCCAGCGUACAUUGACCACCGAAUUAAGAUCUUCGAAACGCUCAAAGCCAAGUACGACGAGGAAGUGGCCCAAAAGCCCCGCGAGAACAUUAGCAUCACACUCGAAGACGGCAAGAUUAUCGAAGGACAGUCAUGGGUUACCAGUCCGGCAGACAUCGCACGCAACAUCGCCAAGAGCCUAUUCGAGCGCACUGUGAUCGCACGAUUGGACAAGGGCACCUCAGAGGAGACGCUGUGGGAUCUUGAGCGACCGCUAGAGAAGAGUUGCAAACUGGAGCUCCUACCAUUCGAUCAUCCAGAGGGCAAAAAAGUCUUUUGGCAUUCGAGUGCGCAUAUCCUGGGAGAGGCGUCUGAACGUAGAUUCGGCUGCGACCUUUGCAUUGGUCCACCAAUUGAAGAUGGCUUCUACUACGAGAUGGCCCUUCCAGAGAAGGCUGCCGUAGAGCAGUCCGACCACAAGCCGCUCGAGACCAUCGUCAACAACAUCGUCAAGGAAAAGCAGCCCUUCCAGCGACUGACGCUUUCCAAAGAUGACCUACUCGAGAUGUUCAAGACAAACAAGUACAAGCAACACAUCAUCAAGGACAAGAUUCCCGAUGGCACCUUCACGACCGUCUAUCGUAACGGACCUCUUAUCGAUCUUUGCCGGGGACCACACGUACCACACACCGGACGGAUAAAGCAGUUCAAGAUUAUGAAGAAUUCUGCCUCGUACUUCCUCGGCGAUGCCAAUAACGACAGCUUACAGCGCAUAUAUGGUGUCUCCUUCCCGGACAAGGAUGCAAUGCAUGCGCAUCUCAAGUUCCUCGAAGAGGCUGCCAAGCGUGAUCACCGAAAGAUCGGAAAGGAACAGGAGCUCUUCUUCUUCCACGAGUACAGUCCUGGUUCCUGCUUCUUCCUCCCGCAUGGUCAGAUCAUUUACAACACACUGCAAGCAUUCUUGCGGGAAGAGUACUGGAACCGUGGCUACCAGGAGGUCGGAUCGCCGAACAUGUACAACUCUGCGCUAUGGAAGAUUUCGGGGCAUUGGCAGCACUAUGCCGAUGACAUGUUUACAUUCGAUGUCGAGAAAGAGAAGUGGGCUUUGAAGCCCAUGAAUUGUCCUGGUCACUGUUUGAUUUUCAAGCACCGCGAGCGAAGCUACCGAGAGCUACCAAUCCGCAUGGCUGACUUUGGUAUCUUGCACCGAAAUGAAGCCAGUGGUGCUCUUACAGGUCUUACACGAGUGCGCCGAUUCCAACAGGACGAUACCCACGUUUUCUGUACUCAGGACCAGAUCACUGAAGAAAUUUCAGCGCUUUUCGACUUUUUGAAGGCGGUGUAUGGAAAGUUUGGCUUCACCUUCAAACUGAAACUGAGCACGCGCCCAGAAGGCUUCCUUGGCGAUAUCGAGACCUGGAACAAGGCGGAGGCGAAGCUGACUGAAGCUCUGGACCAAUUCACGGCUGCGGGCGGCGGCGCUUGGGAGCUGAACCCUGGUGACGGUGCCUUCUACGGACCAAAGAUCGACAUCACAAUCUCUGAUGCCCUGAAGCGCGAGUUCCAGUGCGCCACGAUUCAGCUUGAUUUCCAACUUCCGAACCAGUUCGAGCUUGAGUAUAUGACAUCUGAGGUUGCAUCUGCAAAGCCGAAGGAGGAGAAGGUCAAAGAAAUCAAAGAGGAGCCGUCGAAGGAGGGCAGUCACAUUGAGCAAAAGAAGGAGAAGUUGGAGGGUGAGGUCACAAUACCCAAGAAGAUUCCACCGCCACAGCCCGGUUACGCUCGUCCUGUCAUGAUCCAUCGUGCUAUCUACGGUUCCUUCGAGCGGUUCAUUGCUAUCCUCACAGAGCACUUUGCUGGUCGCUGGCCCUUCUGGCUCUCUCCUCGCCAAGUCAUGGUCAUUCCAGUCAUGCCUUCUGCGAACGACUACGUUAAGGAAGUCCAAGCCGAACUCCGUAAACACCGUCUCCAUGCCGACAUUGACAUCAGCGGAAACACCAUGCAGAAGAAGAUCCGCACGGCUCAACUAGCGCUAUACAACUUCAUCAUGGUCGUUGGUGCUGAGGAGCAGAAAGCGGGGGCUGUCAACUGGAGGAACCGCGAUGAUCAGGAGACACAGCAACGUGGCGAGAUUGUGCCGCUUGAUGAGGCGGUCAAGAAGCUUGUGCAGUUAAGGGACGAGCGGAGAUUUGAGAACAAGGUCUAAGGUGAUUGAGCGAGAGAUCGUGGGUGCAUCGGAAGGCGUGUAAGGUAUGAGGUAUGACUUGAUGAAGAACAAGGAGACCAUGUCAUGUGCAGCUCUUACACCAGUAUGCUCAGUAGAAUUUACGAAUCGUCAUAACCGUCUCCAGGAUCUUUUAUCUGAUUGUAUUUUCUUCUGUUCUUCAGACAGGAAUGCACAUCCACUCUGAUAUAACGCGUCAUGUAGGCUCAGUCAAUGAUCUGCAUGGUCAGCCUUUUUUAAUUCCCAAGCCGGUGGAAGCCUGAUAGCUAAGUCCACUGCAACAUAAGGCCGAGCGGGUUUCUACUAGCUGUAUGU